UAUUUAAAAGUGUUUUAAAAUAUUUUGAUAACUAAGGAAAAGGGAAGUUGGUGGAGUGAUAUUGAAAAAAGGAGUUGAGGAUAGCUAUUAAAAGGUGAGUUCAUUUGCCUCUUCCUCAGUCCAGCCGCUACAUCUACAUCGAAAUGGCUGAUCAGCUUACAGAAGAGCAGAUUGCUGAGUUCAAGGAAGCAUUUUCACUCUUUGACAAGGAUGGAGAUGGCACCAUCACCACCAAAGAGCUGGGCACAGUUAUGCGCUCUCUGGGCCAGAACCCCACAGAGUCAGAGCUGCAGGACAUGAUCAAUGAAGUGGAUGCUGAUGGAAAUGGAACGAUAGACUUCCCAGAGUUCCUCACCAUGAUGGCGAGGAAGAUGAAGGACACAGACAGUGAGGAGGAGAUCAAAGAAGCAUUCCGUGUCUUUGACAAGGAUGGCAAUGGUUACAUCAGUGCUGCUGAGCUGCGCCAUGUGAUGACAAACCUUGGGGAGAAGCUGGCUGAUGAAGAACUGGACGAGAUGAUCAGAGAAGCAGACAUUGACGGAGAUGGACGAGUCAACUAUGAAGAGUUCGUAAAAAUGAUGAUGUCAAAGUAGUGAAGGCUGAAUUGCACUGUGGCUCAGAGGGUAGAGGAGGUCGUCCACCAAUCAGAAAAGUCGGUGGUUCGAUUCCCGGCUGCUCCGGUCACAUGUCGACGUUUCCUUGAGCAAAACACUUAACCCCAAAUUGCUCAUGAAGGAAUAGCCAUUGGUGUGUGAAUGAGUAUUUAGAUUAGAUCCUGAUUGGCAAAGUUGGCAACUUAGCAGCCUCUGUCAUCAGUGUGUGGAUGGGUGAAUGCUGACAUGUAAUGUAAAGCACUUUGAGUGGUUGGAAGACUGUUAAGUAUUCAUAUAAAAAGAUUGAGUUUUGUAGUUCUUGAAAAGUAAUAAAACAGACGGUGGUGUGAAUAUGGAA